CUUCUCCUUCUCCUUCUCCUCGGCCUUCUCUACACAGGCUACGGCCGCCUCUCUUUAGCACGCUCGUCACUCCGUCGUCGGUCGGCCUCCCGGGACGGCGAACGCCAUUCCUCUGCAACCGAGAAGAGACGAGAGAGAGAGGGAGAGGGAGAGGGUGGUAGAUAGGAUAAAGGGUCGGAAGGUGAGGGAGUGGUUAUGGGGAAGGCGGUGAUUGGGCUCUCGUGGGAGCCAAAGCUGCCGGCUUUGACGUCUUCGCUCGCCCCCGCGAGCAGCAGCGGUUCCGGGUCGGGCCCUAAGCCCGAGAAGAGGCGACCGGGGAGCGAGAGCGGGGUUCUUUGGAAGCCGAGCUCGGAGCUGAUUGAUGGGCUGUUUGUGCCGCCCAGCAAUCCCAAGAAGCUGAAUAAGCUCCUGAGGACGCAAGUCAAGGACACUGCUGGUUCUAGUUGGUUCGAUAUGCCUGCCCCAACUAUUACGCCGGAAUUGAAGAAAGAUCUGCAGUUACUAAAGCUAAGGAGUGUCGUCGACCCAAAGAGACAUUACAAAAAGGGCGACUCAAAAUCCAAAAAUUUGCCCAAGUAUUUCCAGGUUGGCACAGUGAUAGAGUCUGCAAACGAGUUUUACAGUGGUAGACUAACUAAGAAGGAGAGGAAGGCGACACUUGCUGAUGAGCUGCUUUCAGAUCACAAACUCAGGGACUACAGGAAGCGCAAGGUUCGGGAGAUAGAAGAGGAAAACAGGCCUGCUGGAAAUGAGAAAUGGAAGAUAAAAGGUCGACAAUCGAUGAGGCGUGCUAAGCAACGGAGGCACUGAAUUUAAUGACUACAACGUGCUGCCAAAUUUUGCAUCUGGUGAGCACAUGUACUAGGAUGUUUUUUCCAUCGGAAACCAGAAGGGAGAGGACCGUCACUUGCGCUGUAUUAGAUCUGAUUGAUAGAUUCUUUGAGAGAAAUUUUCCUCUAGUUUAUUUGUAUGAAAUCGACUCAGUUUCUAAGAUUGCACACUGGUUUUGGCUGUUGUAAGAAACCCGGAGGUCUAUGUUGAGGACUUUUUUACUCUUGGCUGUAA